AUGCAAGUACAUCAUCUACCUUUGCUAUUGGGAACCCCUUUCCUUAGUACAGUUGGCGCUUCAAUAGACUUUCACAAGCAAGAAGUGAUCCUUCACAAGGUUGUGAAGGAAAGGUUGACAAAGAACCAAGAGUUGGGAAGGAUAAGGUUGAGGAAAGGAGUUGAUAGAGGACCAAGGAUUGAGAAGCCACGUCUUGAGAGGGCUAGAGUUGAGAAACCACGUCUGAUAGGCCACGAGCUGAUAGACUUGUUCAAGCCCCUUGUGUGCUUGAUGAAGAGAGCCUUCAAGCUUUGUUUGAUGAGCCACUAG